AUGGAGCGCCCUAAGAAGCGAGGCCCCAGUUCCUCAGGAAAUAAUUUAACACUAACAACCUCAACAUCACAAGUAACGAGACUUCGAGAGUCCCAAACUCCUGUUGGCCAUGGGGAUGAAACCGCUGGCGAUCUCAGUGCCCAAACUACCCGCAACCAAGGCACCCAAACUCCUGACGAUAAUGGCGCCCAAGCUGCUGCCGACAUCGGCACCCAGGCUGCUGCCAAAACCCCUCUGGAAAACUUACUAGAAGGAAAAGAGAUGAGUAAAAGCCAGGAUGAACCUCCUCACGAACUUGAGAACCAGUUUAUAUUGCGUCUGCCUCUGGAACAGGCUUCUACUGUCAGGAAGAUAAUACAUUCUCAAAGUGCCACCAUGAAGGAUAAACUAAAAAUUGACUUGUCUUCUGAUGGACGUCAUGCAGUUGUUGAGGUAGACGAUGUCUCACUAGCUGCUAAGCUGGUUGAUUUGCCUUGUGUUAUUGGAAGCCUGAAAACUGUGGAUAAAAAAACUUUUUAUAAAACGGCGGAUAUUUCCCAGAUGCUUGUGUGCACUGCUGCUGGUGGUGUCCACUCUUCUGAGGAACCAGUUACCUCUACUGGUCGUAAAGCAAUCAAGAAAACUGAAAAGGAGAAACCAAAAAAAUAUGCCUGGAAGCAUGGCAUUACUCCACCGCUUAAGAAUGUCAAAAAGAAAAGAUUCCGCAAAACAACAAAAAAGGUCGUUGAUGUCAAACAAACCAAAGAAGUCAGCAUUAGUAAGUACGCUGAAUCUCCUGAAGUGGAAAAGGAAGUGAGAAGAUUGCUGUGUUCAGAUGCUGAAGCUGUCUGUGCCCGAUGGGAGGUCAUUGCUGAAGGUGAAACCAAGGAAAUAGAAUGCCAAGGCUCCAUUCCAGGCUUUGAGAUAGCUCCAGGAAUAAGUGGCUAUAAGCAGGGUCAUACCUCACCAGAAUGUGAUGUGUUUCCGAAGACGUUCAGUAAUUCUAGCAGUAACAGUGAUGAUGAGGAUGAGGAUGAGGAUGAGAAGGAUGACUACGAUGAUGAGGAUGAAGAUGACAGAGAGGAAGAAUAUUAUUAUGAGGAGGAUCUGGAAAGGGAACUACAGGCGAAGUUCAUUGAAUCUGGCCAGUAUGAAGCAAAGGAAGGAGCCAGUUCAAUGAUCAUGGAAAUUCACAAGCAGACCUAUUACAUGGAGAAAAAGCUCCAAGAGAUUCGAUGCAGGGCACAAAGACAGAAGGAGCUCAUCAUGAAACUGGAAAACCUGACUCUCAAGAAUCACUUACAGUCUGUGCUGGAGCAGCUUAAGCUACAGGAAAAACAAAAAACUGAGCAGCUCAUUUCCCUACGGGAACAACUGAACAAUUUUCUGAAGGAGUGAAGAGAGCCCUAAGGCUGGCACACAAACCUUGGAUUCACCAUCCAGACUGAAGACUAGUUGAAAUUGUGCC